AUGGCACCCAAGGAGAAGAUGCAUCCCCGGGUCCAGCGGGAGCUGGCGUACGUGUUGUUGACGGAACUUCUUGCGUACCAGUUUGCUUCACCGGUCAGGUGGAUUGAAACACAAGACGUCGUGCUCCAGGAACAAAAGGUUGAUCGGCUGGUUGAGAUUGGACCUGCUGAGACUUUGCUUGGCAUGAUAAAGAAGACAUUGGGAGCAAAGUACCAAGUACAUGAUGCUGCACUUGCCAUCCAACGAGAGAUCUGGAGUCAUAAGAAGAAUGCACGAGAGAUAUACUAUGAAUUGAACGAUGCCGAGAUCGUACCAACCCAAACAGGCAAGGAGACAUCCACGCCCGCUGCACAGCCCUCACAGCCCACCCCUAUCACACUCCCGGAGGCAGCUGAAACCGCCACGCCCCAGCCAGUACCAGUGCGGCAAUCCCCUUCCAGCAUUGAAGACACCCCGAUAGCAGCACUCGACAUUAUCGUCGCCCUGAUCGCACACAAACUGAAGAAGCCGUUGCAAGACAUUGACUUGAGCCAAACCAUCAAGAAGCUGGUCGGAGGCCGAUCCACCCUAGAGAAUGAGAUCGUCGGAGACCUCGGCGCCGAGUUUGGCUCCAUUCCAGACGCCCCCGAAGAUACUCCCCUGUCGGAGCUCUCUCAAUCCAUCGAAGCUCAAGGUUCAUGGAAGAAAGGCCUAGGCAAGACCACACAGACCCUUGUCAACCGAAUGGUGUCGGCAAAAAUGCCUGCGGGUCUGGGGUCAGGCGAAGUACGAGCUCACCUGCUUAACAAAUAUGGCAUACAGACAACCCGCCAGGAUGCGGUUCUGCUGCGCGCCGCUGUGCAGCAGCCCUCUGCAAGACUCCCAGAUACUAGCGCUGCUCAUGCUUUUCUUGACGACAUCGUCCAACAGUACGCUCAAUAUGCGAAGAUUGAUCUGUCUGCUAUAGGAGCUUCGUCUGAUGGGGCUGGCACAUCAUCUGGGCCAGUUGUGGUAGACCAGACUGCCGUCAAGGCACUGACCAAGACUCAGGACGACCGGGCCCAAGCCAUGCUGGAGUUGUAUGCAAAGUUGCUUGGGGUAGACCUGCAGGCUGGACACAAGGCCAGCAACAAAGCAGCAGAAAUUAUAGCAGAGCUACAGGACGAGCUGCAGCUCUGGAUUUCGGAGCAUGGUGAGGUUUACGGUUCGGGUAUCAAGCCUAUGCUAUCCGUGGCCAAAGCCCGCAGGUACGACUCGUUUUGGAAUUGGGCGCUACAAGACACUGUGGACCUGUUUCACCGGAUCCUGGCCGGGACCAUUACGCUAACUGGCCGCGAGGUGGAAACCAUCAUGGGCCGUAUUGCUCGGAAGUCCAAUCCAAAACUCGUGCAGAUGCUAGAAUACCUGGAGACACAGUGCCUGAAGCUUCGAAACCCGCGAGCGGUUCAUGCCCGCGAUGUCCUCCAUCAAUUGCGGCUGGCAUGCAACCCGCAGUUAUCGGAUGCUCAGCCAUUGGCUGCGCACGGGUUGAUGAUUGACGCACCGAAGACAACCAUUGACAGCCAAGGAAGAAUUCAUUAUAUGGAGGUUCCUCGUGCCACCGUCGAUGCCGCACCACCGGCUACCCUCACAUCACUGGGGAGCCAGGGUUGGGAAACCCGAGCGGACUUGACUGCAGCCUUCAUGGCGACUCUCCGCCAAACGGACCACGAGUGUCUUUCGUUCUCAGACGCAGAGGUGCUUGUCAUUGGUGCGGGACGGGAUUCCAUCGGCACCGAAAUUGUCCGCGGCCUCCUGAGGGGAGGUGCUCGGGUACUCGUAACGACCAGUAGCUACUCGCUCGCGACAACACGAUUGUAUCAGCAAAUUUAUGCCGAAGAAGGCGCUCGUGGAUCGCAGCUUGUUCUUCUGCCGUUCAACCAGGCGAGUCAGCAAGACCUUGAGUCCCUGGUGUCUUACAUCUAUGAAUCCGACAAAGGGCUCGGAUGGGAUCUGAGCCAUGUUGUUCCAUUUGCAGCCAUUCCGGAAGGUGGCCGGCAAAUUGAGGAUAUUGACUCUAAGUCCGAGUUGGCCCAUCGUAUCAUGCUGACAAACACAAUCAGGUUGCUAGGGGCAAUCAAGAAGCAGAAGCAGGCACGAGGAUUCGACAGUCACCCUGCACAGUCAUGGGGUACAUAUCUUUCAAUCUGCGGUGCUGUUAUCGGCUGGACGCGCGGAACCGGACUCAUGAGCGCCAAUAAUGGUGUUGCGGAAGAUAUUGAGAAGAUGGGAGUGAGGACGUUCUCCCAGGUCGAAAUGGCCUACUACAUCCUUGUCCUUAUGUCAUCUCCAAUUGCAACCGAAUGCGAGGUGACACCAGUGCAGGCAGACCUAAGUGGUGGCAUGGGUCACUUCCCGAAUUUCAAAGAGACGGUUGAUUCCAUCCGGCAGAAACAGAAGGAAACCAGUGAAAUCCGAGACGCCUUAGCAAAGGAGGAAGCCUUUGAGCGCGCUGCCCUUGGACAGCCAUCGGAAGAAGAACCGCAGGUACGGGAACAAAAGGCCAAGCUUGCGCUCGAGUUUCCUCGUCUACCUGACUACCAGACCGAGCUUCUUCCUCUCGCUGGUCAGUUGCGCGGAAUGGUUGAUCUCGACCGCGUGGUCGUCGUCACCGGUUUCUCUGAAGUCGGACCACACGGCAACGCCCGGACACGCUGGGAGAUGGAGGCAUUCGGGGAGUUCUCGCUGGAGGGCUGCAUUGAAAUGGCUUGGAUCAUGGGUCUGAUCAAGCAUCACAAUGGACCUCUCAACGGGAAUCCGCAUUACCAUGGUUGGAUCGUCGCAGCGACCAAGGAGCCUAUUCGCGAUAUCGAUGUAAAGAAGCGGUUCGAAGAGCACAUCCUGGCACACACCGGCAUUCGACUCAUUGAGCCAGAGAUCAACGAUGGUUACGAUCCUUACAAGAAGAAAUUCUUGCAGGAAGUGGUUCUCGACGAGGACAUGCCUCCGUUUAAGACGUCCAAGGAGACCGCAGAGCAACUCCGACUGGAGCACGGCGAUAAGGUUGAUGUCAUCCCCGAAGGCGAAGAGUACACCGUCCGCCUACUCAAGGGAGCUUGCCUGAUGAUCCCGAAGGCCCUUCGAUUCGACCGGGCAGUGGCUGGCCAGAUUCCGACCGGCUGGGACGCCCGUACUUAUGGGCUUACCGAGGAUCUCGCCAGUCAAGUGGAUCCAGCCACAUUAUAUGCUCUUAUUGGAACGGUGGAAGCACUUUUGAGUGCAGGAAUCAGUGACCCAUUCGAGAUAUACCAGUAUUUGCAUGUGUCGGAAAUCGGCAAUUGCAUUGGCUCUGGCUUGGGAGGCGUCAAGGCACUCCGAAAGCUGCAUAAGGACCGCUUCGUGGAGAAACAGGUUCAAAAUGACAUUCUGCAGGAAUCAUUCAUCAACACCACGGCUGCAUGGAUUAACAUGCUCUUGCUGUCCUCCACCGGCCCUAUCCGUACCCCGGUCGGCGCUUGCGCCACCUCGAUCGAGUCGCUCGAAUCCGGCUACGAGACUAUCGUCUCCGGCAAAGCCAAUAUGUGCCUUGUUGGUGGCUUCGACGACUUCUCCGAGGAUGUGUCGUAUGAGUUCGCGAAGAUGAAGGCCACGGUUAGUAGCGAGGCAGAGUUUGAAAAGGGUCGUGAUCCCAGCGAGAUGUCGCGACCGGCUGCUUCCACCCGUGGUGGAUUCGUCGAGUCUCAAGGCAGUGGUAUCCAGGUGAUCACAUCCGCCCAGCUGGCAUUGGACAUGGGCCUUCCCAUCCAGGGCAUUGUCGCAUGGGUCGGAACUGCUAGUGACAAGAUUGGGCGUUCUGUUCCUGCUCCCGGAAAGGGUCUCUUAACGAAUGCACGCGAGGCACGACACCGAGCCCCACUGAAUAUGUCGCUCCAGCACAUCAAGGAACGCGUCGACAUGGAGGUGGACAUUGCUGAGGCAGAACUGACCGACCUCAAGCGCAGCCCUAGCCCCUACGCGGAAGAACGCAUUGAAGAGAUCAACGAACGCCUCCGCUACGUACGCCGGGAAGCCCGGGUCCAAGAGAAGGAUGCGUUGAACACGUUUGGUAAUCAUUUCUGGAAGAAUAGCCCGGAGAUUUCUCCGCUACGCGGUGCUCUAGCAACUUGGAACCUAACUAUCAACGACCUGGAUGUGGUCUCAUUCCACGGGACAUCCACCGUGUUGAACGAGAAGAACGAGACGAACAUGAUUAGCCAACAGCUGCAUCAUCUGGGUCGGACGAAGGGUAAUCCUGCAUUAGGAAUCUUUCAGAAGUAUCUUACUGGACACUCAAAGGGUGCUGCAGGAGCGUGGAUGCUCAAUGGUGGCCUACAAGUGCUCAACACCGGCUUGGUUCCAGGCAACCGCAAUGCAGACAACAUCGACGCAGCCCUGCAGAACGACUAUUUAGUCUACCCCAGUCGCAGCAUACAGACUACAGGUGUCAAGGCCUUUUCGGUAACAUCUUUCGGGUUCGGACAGAAAGGAGCGCAAGCCUUGGGUGUUCAUGCCCGCUAUCUCUUCGCCACGCUGGACCAGGAGACCUAUGACGCGUAUCGGGUCCGAGUUGAAGCUCGACAGCGCCGGGCGCAGCAGCAUUUCCGGUUUGGCAUUGCACACAAUGCUGUCUUCUCUGCUAAAGAGGCACCGCCAUACCGGAAUGAUCAAGAGUUCCGCAUUCUGCUGGAUCCGGAGGCGCGUUUGACCGACAAUGGCCGGGGGCAGAUGGAAUAUGCGGAGUAA